AUGGAAUUAAUUAUAAUAACUAAUGAUACAAAGGUAGAAUGGUUUUCAAAGAGAAUCUUUAGGACAAUACUCACUCACAUUGGUCAGCAUGUUGAAGAAUUGUAUGAAGAAGCUGGGCUUCUUGAAGUUUUUAUACACCAUUUUUACUUAAAAUUACUUUUAACACAACAACAAACAAAGAAAAAUCAAACAACAGCACUACUUAAAUUAAAAAAUUUAACAGAAAACCACAAAACAAAUAGCAAUGCGAAGUUCAAGAAUUGCGCGAUCGUGAAUGUCUGA